AUGGCAUCACAAAAUGAACCGGGUACGGCACAUACUUCAAAUUCCAAGCAAGAUAAUAACCAAUUAACUUGCCGUAAUAUGCAACGCCGAAUUGAAUACAGACUGAAACAAGAAACUGCACAACUGAGAUUACAGUUAAACACAUUGACUAAAGGUUUCAAAAGUCUUCAGAAAAAAACGAAUAGACAACAAAAGAAAAUAGACAAGAUGCAGGCAGAUUACGAAAAUUUAUUAACUAGAUUAAUCACGACAGAUGAAACAAAGGACACAUAUACGCGAGAAUUAGAAGAGAAAACACCGAGGAAAGAAGUAACAGAGUUCAUAAAUAAUAACAUACCUAACAUUGAAACUCCCAAAAAAGAAGAAGUUAAGAAGAAACUACUGGAACACGAUGUACUAACGAAGUCACUAAAAUUACAAUUCCAAACUAAAAAGGAAGUUAAAAAUUCAAAGAAUAGCAAUAAAACUAGGCGAAGGCGUUUCAGUUCAUCAACCGAAGAAGACGAAUAUGAUGAUAGUAUUGAGUAUGCGGAAAGCGACGCCUCGGCGUUUUUUUCUGAUGAGUCAAUAAGUCCAGAUUUUAACGACGAUGAAAACAAUCUAAUCACAGAACUUGACGAAAAAACAGGUGUUCUGAGGCCAAAAAUUAAUCCAAACAAGAAAGUCACUCUGCUAUCCACAAUAAUUUUAAAGAAACCUAAUGCUGAAAAUAAUCCUAAACAUGAAAGGAAAAGAAAAAUAAUUUGUGAAAAUGAAGAUUUAAUCCAUAAAAGAUUUUGCGAAACUACGAAACAUGUUACUGGGAAAGAUGAUGUGACAAUUUUGUCACAAAUAAGAAAAAACCCGGAAAAUACUGCGAGUUAUGAUUUAAGAGAGAGUUAUUUAUUUGGAAAAGAAGACCCGAUAAAGGAAAUAAGAAGUAACAAAAUUGAGACUGAUAAAAGAAAAAUCGACCAGAACAGGGAAAACAAAAAUGAUACCAAAGAAGAGAUCAAAAAGAGUUUGAAAGAAAAGUUUCUAAUAGAGAAGAAGCACAAAAUUGAGAUUGAAUGUACUAAGAAAGAUGAAAGCAAGGAAAUUCUAAUUGUUAUCGCAGAAGAAGAGAGAAAAGAAGCUGAUGAAAAUAAAGAAAAUUAUAUAAUUGAGACUGAAUAUAAAAGACAACUUGAAAGCAUGAGAGGACAAAAUAAUACUGGUGAAGUUUUACAAGACGCAGAUAAAUAUAAACAAAUGGAGAAAACAGAUUUAGAUAAAAUAAACAAAUCUGAGAAUUUAAAAGAAGAUGCAAGUGACAAGGAAUUGAAUACAAAGGAAGAAGGAAAAAAAGCAAUUGAGAGUGAAGAAAAUACGCAGAACUUUAUUUUAAAUAUAAAUGAUAGCAUAAUAGUUCGAUAUUUCCAAAGGAAAACGUGGAAAUAUUUUAUAGGAUUUGUUGAGAAUAUAGAAUUUAAGAACGGAGAAAAUUAUUAUAAAGUAAAAUUUUUUGAAAACUGUGAAGGAUUUAUCUGA